CGGCAUUCGGCAACGCGCAGAACGCGCACACUUCUCGCGCCGCACACGCGACGCGCGAGCCAGCGUUCCAGCUAUAUGGUUCCAGCCGCCGGGGACACGUAGCCAUUUCAUUCGGUUCGUUGGUCUGGUCGGACGCAACCGACUCCGGGUCCCGAGCAAGCCAAAACCGACAUUCACGAGUUCGAGAGCCUCUACCCCUCCCUCCCCGUUGUCCGUCCAGCAGCGGCCAGGAUGUCCAUCGUCAUGGUGGGCCCGUUCCCGGGCCCGUUCGACAGGACGCACUACUCGGACUCGUCCGGCGAGCACACGACGGACCGCGAGCAGUCGCGCCCACCCAAGGCUCGAGCCCCCGCGCUGCGCCAGCCGGGACCGUACCUCCGGAUGCUGCAGGAGCAGGAACCGGCCGGGACGCCGGGAACACCCCACGACGGCGUGGCUUACAGCGCGGUGAUGCAGACUGACACCGGAGCCCCGCCGCCGGCGUACAUUCCAACGUGGCAGGAGCCGCAACCCGAGACGCCGCCAGAGCCUCCCAGACCAGAUCGCGCUGCGCCUUCAGCGAAAAGCAAAUGCUACGCCCUGCUGCGCCGCCUGGCGGUGGUCGCCCUGGUUCUGGCCGUGGCCGCAGUUGUGGCGGGCGCGGUGUCCCGGGGCGUGCGCGGCGGCGGCGCCAGGACCGACACGGAGCCGAUCAAGGCCAGAAACGCGGCGGUCAAGUCGGCCAACGCCACGGGCCGCAAGAGCGCCGCGUGCCCGUGCAGCGAGUCUUCCACGACCCACACGACGCCCGCCACUGUCGAGGGACCCGGUGGUCACGGCACGCCCACGGGGCCAGGAGCGGCGCGUCACCGCAGGCACCGCGGAGGGACCAGCCACGGCCGGAAGACGGGCCGAUCGUCGCUGUUGUCGUCGUCGCCGUCGUCGUCGUCGUCGUCGACGUCGUCGUCACCGGAUGCGACGACCGAGGCCCCGUGGCAGACGGCCGAGGCCGCAGAGCGCGAGGUGCCGCGCGAACCGGCGCUACGCGACGUCGGCGACUUGACGCCGUCGGGGCAGCGCACCGUCCCGACGAUCUCCGAACCAACGCGGACAUCGGAGGGCGCCGCUGUCACGGCGGCCACGUCGACCUCGCAGCGGCCUGGAGUCCGCGCCGACGGCAUCGACCGUUUCGGCCGUCUCGCUGGCCUCGUCUGCGGCGGAAGCGACUGCCGAGGUCGGGUCCGUGCCGGUGGCCAAGACCACCGCCAGCACGGACCUGCCCGAGGUGAUCAACGAAGCCGACGCCCGCACCGACGAACAGGAGGUGUAGGGGGUCGGCCAGGCAGAGGGUGCGGGGCCCGAGCACUCCGUGAAGACCCUGCGGUAGCGGCUCGGCCCCGCAGUGAAGACCGCGCCCGUCUCGACGCCGGUCAACGGCGGUACGGCUGCAGUGUCGGCCGGCCAGGAGGCCCGGCUACCACGGCCGGCUAGCCGGGCCUCGUAGAUUUCGUGUUAUAUUGUGUUGUAAAUAUACUGUAUUACUGCGUCGA